AUGACCCAAGCAAGUGCUCGUGUGCUUCAGAGCGGGAUGCGCCUGCCUCCCAUGCCCACCAUUCGGGAGCUGGUGAAGCUCUACAGGCUGCAGGCCAGGAAACAGCUCAGCCAGAACUUCCUCAUGGACGAGCGGCUCACGGACAAGAUUGUCAAGUCGGCGGGACGCAUCGACUCUAAAGAUUUGGUCCUGGAGGUGGGUCCCGGCCCGGGCGGCAUCACCCGAUCUAUUCUGCGCCGCCAGCCACAGCGACUGGUGCUCGUGGAGAAGGAUCCCCGCUUCGGCGAGACCCUACAGCUUCUCAAGGAGUGCGCCAGUCCGCUUAACAUCCAGUUCGACAUACACUACGACGACAUACUGCGCUUCAACAUGGAGCAGCACAUCCCGGACACCUCGCAGCGGAUCCAUUUGAUUGGCAAUCUGCCGUUCGCCAUCUCCACGCGACUGCUGAUCAAUUGGUACGAGGAUUUGGCCGCCAGACGUGGCGCUUUCCGACGCAUCGACACCUGCAUGACUUUGACCUUCCAGCAGGAGGUGGCCGAGCGGAUUUGUGCCCCUGCGGGCGGCGAGCAGCGCUGCCGGUUGUCGGUGAUGUCGCAGGUCUGGACAGAGCCCGUCCUUAAGUUCACCAUACCGGGAAAAGCGUUCGUUCCGAAACCACAGGUGGAUGUGGGCGUCGUAAAGGUCAUGCCGUUGAAGCGUCCCAAGACGCAGCUUCCGUUUCGUCUCGUUGAGCGCGUGGUGCGGCACAUCUUUAGCAUGCGCCAGAAGUAUUGUCGUCGUGGUUAUGGCACACUGUUCCCUCUGGAGGAUCGCGAGGAGGUCACUGAAAAGCUCUUCCAGCGCGCCGAAGUCCAGGACACUCUGCGCCCCUUUGAACUGACCGUGGAUCAGUGCUUACGAUUGGCCGAAGUCUACUCGGAGCACCUAGUGGCCCAUCCUGAGGUGGCUGCCUAUGAUUAUCGGGGGCCCAAGAAUGUAGAGGUCCUCUAAUGCAACGAUUUCACUCCUGUUUAUAAAUAUGGUAAAAUGUAUUUAAUUAGUUGAGUAAACACAAGACUCUAAAGCCA